AUGGAUUCUCAUCCGCAUAGCUCGGACUCGGGCCUCAGCAUUCCAACCCAUUCUACCUCCACCACCCUGCGCUGCUGCUGUGGUCGCAAUGAUUGUGCCCUGCUUGAGCACAACAAUGUAGCUCUGGAGGGUCUGGAAAAAGAUCUCGAGACUGCCGCGCGGUUAGGCCAGGCCUUGCUUCACCGCCAUGAAAGUUACAUGGCUGAGGCGGAGGAGGACCGCCAUCGCUUAGUCUCCAGUGUUGAUAGUCUGGAGCGCGAAAAGCAAGAAGUUCAGGCCCAGAACUCGCGCAUCAUUGAGGAGAAUCGCAAUUUACUCGAGCAACUCGAUAGCUUGAACAGGGCUGUCGCCGAGUCUGACAGUUAUGCCAGGACUCUCACUUCGAAUCUGGAGAACACGCAGUCCGAACUACGGAGACUGACCGCUGCUGCGGCGCGUGCGGCUGAUCUUGAGGCGCAACUUGCGCUUAUGGAGACGGAGCAAUCUAAGUUACAGGAGAGUCUUAAUAUGGCUCACGAGGACGAGCAGUCGGCAGUGCAGCGAUGGAGGAAAGCCGAAACGACCCUACGUGACCUUCAUGAUCAGAUCGAUCGUAUUGAGAAAGAAGCACGCGAAGAGCGCGAGCGACACACCGAGGUAAUUGAGCGCAUGGAGCGUAAGAGAGCUGUCGAGCGUGAGCUGGAUAGUGCAGCGGGCCGUCUCAAAGGUGCUGCUGCUGCCUCCGAACUGAAGCGCAAUGCCGGUGGUACAACUGUCGUCUCGCGCUUCGUCAAGGAUAUUUUACAAGACAACGCAAAUCUGCAAGUUGGUAUUAUGGAGCUACGCGAGAUGCUUAACACCUCGAACGAGGAGGUGCAGAACCUGCGGGACCAAGUCUUGUCUCAUCAGCCGCUGGCCGGUGUCGAUGAAGAAGACAGCCUUGAACCCACUACACUCACAACGUUGAGUGAAGAACUUGAAGCGAAAAAGGAACGCCGGGUAUCUCAGGAAUUCCACAUCCAUCAUCAUCACUACCAUACGCCCGGAAAGAAGGAGAAGGCCGCAAUCAACCGCCGCGCGAAAAAGCGACGACCCGCUAUAGGAAGCCCGGUUGCAUUGCACUCGGCGCAGGGGCAAUCGCCUCGACGAACCCUUCAUCGGUCCCAAUCUUCCGGUUCAUCCAUGUCUACCAUUCUAUCCCAAACCUCCGUCUCUAUCCCACCUCAGUCGCGUCGCUGGUCACUUCAAUCUCAUGCAGGAGAUUCUUUGGCAAGCUCUCCGCAAUCUGCGUUCCGGACAUCGUCGAUCUUUGAUCGUGUCGAACGUGGUGCUGAAUUUUCCCAAGCUACGAGCCCUGAUAGUACAGUGUUCUCAUCUCCUGUGAUGGGAGCCAGGAACUUCAAGGCUCUUGAUAUGCCAUUCCAACCAAUUAGCGACUUUGAUUAUCAUGAUUCUCAAGACGAUCUUUCAUCAUUCGACGAUGAUCUGUACAAUCGCCAAGAAUUGAACACCAGUGAUAACAUUCCCAGAGAACCUGCCAUCCCAGAAGAGUCUGAGCCAUCUCCACAAGGGUCCUACUUCCAAUCGUCUUCGCGUCGAGAAUCUUUAAAGAAUGCCGACGAUGAUUUCUUCAGCAUGCAGGUACAACCAUCAUCACUCCGGCGAUCCACAUCCCACGAUAGCCUGCUCUCCGUUUCCGUGGCAGGUAUGGACAUUCACACACCCAACACCCGCCACCUGCGAAUGGGAGACUGGCACCCAGGCAUGCGAAUCCCCCAACGCAUCCUCUCUCCCAGUGUCGAACUAGUCUCCACACCUCCCGUCAUCUCCGCCCCCGCCAUCAUAGCCAACCGCUCAGCAAGCUCUGGAUAUUCAUCUCAAUCAUUGCUUGCCUCUAUGGCUACCAGCAAGAGUAACAAGUCAACCGAUGCAUCAUCCAUUACAUCCGCCGACAGUAACAGCACAGCUUCAACCGCAGCAACUGGCCCCCGAAAGCCAACCCUAGGUCGGCGCGUAGGGGGCUGGGUCUUAGGUCGAUGGGGGAUGUCGCCCGUUUCAUCCGAUGGCGAGGUUGAUAUCCCAGUGCAAGAUCCAUCGACCGAGUCUGCACCGAUGCCAACGCCGGCUCCAACACCAACACCAGCACUAGCAUCAGCACCUCCUACACCAGCCCCUCCUUCCUCGAUAUCAAAAACUCCUGACCCAAUGGCUCUCCGCUUCAGAUUCCCCGGCGUGAACCAAAAGGGUCCUAUCAUGGGGCUGCGCCCUCCACCCGCGGCGCCUAUUGCCAUUCAUGCACAGGGCAUAGAUGAGAACUUACUUCGAGAGAGUCUAGCCGAAGAAGAUCGCUAG